AUGGCCACCAUUCCGUCUGAUCUGAGAAUAGUUCUGGUGGGUAAGACUGGAGCAGGGAAGAGUUCAACAGGAAACACCAUCCUGUGGAAAGAUGCCUUUACAGAAGAGGCCUCCCUCGUGUCUGUAACUGAAAAAUGUGAGAAACAGAGUGGAGUGGUGGGUGGGAGUAGGAUUGAUGUCAUCGACACCCCAGGACUCUUUGACACAACCAUGUCUCAAGAAGAGAUGAAAAGUGAAAUAGUCAGGUGUAUAGAAAUGUCAGUCCCAGGACCUCACGCCUUCCUGCUGGUGAUCAGACUGGGGAGGUUCACAGAGGAGGAGAGGAACACUGUGAAGUGGAUCCAGGAGAACUUUGGAGAAGAAUCCUUAAAGUACACCAUCAUUCUGUUCACUGGUAAAGAUCAAUUGAAGGGAAAAACAGUUGAAGAGUGUUUGAAACCUUUUUUUUCAGUUCGGGAACUGAUCAAAAGUUGUUGGGGAAGGUACCAUUGUCUCAAUAAUGAUCAGAGGGAUGAUCGUGUUCAGGUCACACAGCUGCUGAGGAAUAUAGAAGAGAUGGUGAAGAUGAAUGGAGGAGAGCACUACACCAAUGAGAUGUACCAGGAGGUUCAGAAGAAACUGAGAGAGGAGGAGAAUAAGAGGAGAGAGGAGAUGGAGAAAGAGAGGAGGAGAAAGGAGGAGGAGAUGCGGGAGCAAGAAAGGAGGGGACGGGAGGAAGAAAAUAGGAGACGGGAGGAAGAGAGGAGGAGACGGCAAAGAGCAAGAAGAGAAAAUAUUGCGAUAGGUUUAACUUCAGCAGCAGCUGCUGGGGCAGUAGUAGCUGGGACUACAGUACUUGUUGCUGCUGGAGCAGCAGUGGCCGUGGUAGCAGGACCAGUUCUGUUGGUUGGGGGAGCUGUAUCUGGUAUAGCAGCUAUUGCUAUUUUGGUAAAGAAGAGGAGACAGUAA